AUGUCCGUUGGGUGUGUUGCGGGUGACGCCCAGUCCUACAUCCUGUUCUGUGACUUCUUCGACCGAAUCAUCGAGGCGUAUCACGGCCAAAAGGUCACCAGCCAGACGCCAGAGAGCGACUUCAACUACGACAACUUAAAGGGGGGUAAUGACUUGGACAGGUCAUACGCUGUGCGCUGUGAGGUGAGUGUUGUUCGAGGUAUUGAGGACUUCAGCUUCCCGACACACUGCAGCCGAGGAGAGCGCAGACAGCUCCUCACACUGGCCAGGAGAGUUGAAGUGAAUCAGUUGACCAGUAUCUUUUUGCUCUUAGCUCUACAGAGGCUGCAGGAGGAGGAGCUGCCAGGCCACCUCCUCUUACUGGAGGAGCUCAACCAGGAGCAGCAGAGGGAGCUGAACAUGAACCUGGACCAUCCUUCUUCCUCCCAGCUCCGCACCGGUGUGGCCCGGGACUGGCCUGAUGCCAGGGCAGUCUGGGUGAGUAAAGAUGGCAGCCUAGUGGUCUGGGUCAACAUGGAGGACCACCUCAGACUGGUGUCCAUGCGAGACGAUGCCAACAUCGCCGAGGCAUUUAAAUGCAUCUGCAUCAACCUGCAGAAGCUGGAAGAGUACUACAAAGCGCUCAGACACCCGUUCAUCUGCAAGCAGCAGCUGGGGUGGGUGACGAGCUCUCCAGCCGACGUAGGGACGGGUCUGAGGAUCACCGUCCACCUCAAGCUGCAACACCUUCCCAAACACAAACGCCUGCAGGACGUCCUGAAGAGGCUGAGGAUCCGCAUGGACAAAACAGAAACCCCUGCUCUGUACUGUGUGAGCAACAUUGCGACGUUCGGCCCGAGCGAGGUAGAACUGACUCAGCUGGUGGUGGACGGGGUCAAACUGCUAAUCACCAUGGAGACGAGACUGGAGGGCAACCAAGACAUCGAUGAGCUUGUUCCUACGCAGAAGUAGAUCUGGAUUUGCAUUGGCUGGAUUGAGGAAGAGGAGGAGGAGGAGGAGAAGGAAUGAACUGUCAAUCAGAGAGAAGUGUGUGACUCAGUCCAUCAUACAGCAGACACCAAGACUCUGUUGCCUGAAUUAAUUGUUUCAAACAAGUUGUAAAACCUGUGUAAAUCAAAUAAAGAGUGAUUUACACGUCUGUUUCUUUCUGACAUCAUUGAUUCUGACGUAACAGUCGAACACAGCUCA